AUGGCUGUUUGCACCCCAAAGUUAUUCUUCCCGACUUUGAAGAAUCUGAAGACAAAUUGCAUUUUGACUUCGAUGAGGCUUAAUCUCCCGAAAAAACACGACGUUGAAAAGUUUGCUAAAAAGAAGUACGACGGUUUCUUGAAUUUUCGGGGAGAGGAUACUAGGAACAGCUUCACAUCCCAUCUGUAUGAAGCUUUAGAGAGCAGUGGGCUGACAAUUUUUAAAGACGAUGUGAGUCUCAGAGUAGAAACUGAGAUUUCUACCCAACUUUUAGAGGCCGUUGAAGUAUCAAGAACGGCUAUCCCUAUUUUUUCUGUAGAUUAUGCCUCAUCACCUUGGUGCUUGGACGAACUCGUAAAGAUUAUGGAAUGCAAUAAGAAGUAUGAGCUAUCUGUUGUGCCAGUAUUUUAUGAUGUGGAUCCAUCUGAUGUUCGACACCAAAGGAAUACUUUGGCCAAUUCAUUUGCUAAACUCAAUGAGAAAUACAAGGACCAACCGGAAAGGGUGAAGAGAUGGAAACAAGCCUUAACUGAUGCUGCCAACUUAACUGGGAUCGACGUCAGAAAUAGGUAA